GUCGCCAUUGCCCACAUGAUCAAGCGAAUGACGUCACAUACCACCGCCACCACCGCUGGUUUACCUGCAGAAGAAGUGUAUGCCGUGGACUUUCGAGUACAAAUUACUCACACCUUACGACGCGACACCAAGUUCGUGCCCCCUGCUUUAUGGACUUGGAUGCAGGUGACUGUAUCUAGCGGCUCAGUACAGCUCACACCAACAAUCGACGCACAAGUGGUAGCGACAAUUCCAGUGGCCAAGUGCAGCCUCACGUCAUUGGACAACCAUUUCUACAUCUUGUGUCGAAAGGGUCUGUACACCAUUCAUGUGUAUUGCCCCAGCAAGACUGUGUGGACCAAAUUUGUCGACGUGCUGACGCUGGCCUCGUCAUCAGUAAAAUGGUCCGUGCCGAGCUCCAACAAGUGGGCGGAUCUCGUCCAAGUGGCUGCCUCUAUCGUCGAGACCGCCGAUGUCAACCACCACCUACCACCUUUUCCAAUGGUCCACACCUCCAGCGUGACCGUUGCCGACGUGCAAAGUCACUUGGCUGCCAUGAAAGCCAUGUAUGAGUUGAAGUGCACGUUGAGCGCACAAGACUUGUACGAGACCUUGGUGGACCUCGAGUACGCCUACGUGGAGCUCGGGGUCGACUACAACUUUGCGCAUAUGGUGCACCAACUCCACCCGAAAGCGUACAUGGCCCAGAAAGGGGGCGAUUUGUAUCGACAACAAGCGUCAAGCCUGCAGCCUUCGCUCAAGACCAUCCUUCACAUUUGCCCACAUGACAACUGCGACAUGGUGCUCACGUCAUCCCAGCGUCUUCGCGUCCACAUGCACCAUGGAACUGUGAGCUGCACCAGGUGCUUCGGUCGGGUUUCCAUGGACACGUUCAAAUUGGCCAAGUUCGUCCAAAGUUAUACCUCGUGUGAGGUUGAGGCUCCCAUGGCGCUGAACGACAAGGUCACGAUCGUCAUGCCUCGUUUGCCAAUCGACGGGUCGAUUCCAACGUACUUGCAAGAGUUGAAAACGCUAAUGGUUCGUUCCAAGGUCAGUUACAGCGCGAUGAAGGCGAUUCAAACCGCGGUAGACACCUAUUUGAAGCCAGACCAACCUCCCAUGGGAUGGAUGGCGUUGGAUUUGGUGCACGCGAUGGCGCGGCAACUGCAGUUUGUGGAAAAAGUGUGCACCAAUUACACGUACUGGAACCAGCCGGUGGUCGUGGCGGCGUCCGUGGUGCGGUACCAUCAGUUCAUGCACAUCAUGGCCGCGAAGCCGUCCAACGUCACAUGCCUCGUACCCACCGUGGACAUUGACUUGGUGUGGCACGCCCAUCAGUGCAACCCCGUCGCCUACCGAACUUUUUGUAACCGUGUGGCGGGUAAGUUGAUUGACCACGAUGACACAAUUCCUGCAACUGCGUUGGCGCGGGGAUAUGCCGACACGUUUAGUCUGUGGUCCAAGACCUUUCACGGGGAAAAGUACUCGAGCUUCCCCCCGCAGGUGCCCACGACACGAGCAGCCUCGGCCGUGCCAUCCUCGACAUGGAAGAAGUCCAAAAUGAAGGACAAACGUUAUGUGUUGAAGGUGUCAACUCCGACCUUGCUCAUGUGGUGGGCCCUGCCGCCGCCGCUACCUCCGACAUCCGAGGGGCACACUCCACACGACUACCGGGUUCCAUCAUUUCACAGCCGAUUUGUGGGUGUGGACGAAUUUGUGGCGGACCUUCUUCUCUACAACACGACGACUAGCGCUUCGCUCGUUCAAGUUGGAGAGCAGGAUGUCCUUCCAACGACCGUCGUGGCUGUGAUUGGGACGCCAGUCAUAUCCGAGUCGUGCGUAUCUGCACAAGCCAAGUUAUCUGCGACGCAACUGAUGGACACAGAUAUCAAUCGCAAACGAAAUGUGACAGCCGAGUUGAAUCGAUUUCGCGACUGGUGUGUGGCUCACGAAAGAAGCACAACUCCUGUGGCGAAGGCUCCUCCUACCAAACAGCCGGUUGUAGCCAAGCCGUCUUCGAUGACGGCGUAUUCGUCAAGUGCAAACUACUACGAUACGCCAACAUAUUCGUACAAUUACUCAAGUUCGUACGCAGCGAAUGCGAGCUCUACAACGUCCUGUGGCAAUUCCUCCGGCACAACGUCGGGCGACUCUGGGGGGGAUGGAGGAGGAGGUGGGACGACGUCGUCGAGUGGUUGCGGUGGUGGUUGUGGCGGGGGAUGUGGGGGCGGCUAA